UUUCCAGUAACCCUAGUUUCGCGGGAAUAGCAGAAAAUUCGAUUUAGCAAAAAAAAACGCACGGUUGCAUGUUAAUGAUAUAAGUGUUUAGUUACUGAAACACUUGAUGCAUGAUGCUACAAGUCAGCACGCAUUGAAGCUGAUCUCAUAAUGGCUGAAAAUGCUAACAACCACUAUGAUCCGUCAUUUUACAAUGUGAUGCAGAACACUAGAGCCUCUUCACCUGUGUUCAAUGGAUACCCUGUCGCUCCAACUCCACCACCAAUGGGCACUGUCUACUACACUUUUCCUCCACCACAGGCACAUGUAAGUCAUGGUUAUCAGCCCUCCAGCCAGCGGUACUCCAUGCAUGUCACUUCCCCACCAGGCCAUUCUGGUCAUCAGCAGUACAUACUGCGACCAGGAAUGAUGCAGGCUCAGCACUACCCUGUUCACGUGCCACCUCCAGGGCCGUUAGCCAAUAUGGACCAGCGUUAUCAUCCUGUACCAGGCACUGUGCCCAUAUCAAGUAUUCAACAACCCUCAAUUCACACUGCAGUGCCUUCCACGCUUUCUUUUGGUAGUUUAUCUAAUAGUUUUUCACCCGUGACCCAUUGCCCCACACCCAUCUUGCCUCCCAGGCUGCAAAUUCAAGGCUGCAACUUAUUCAAAUCCGAUUCCAAGGGUCAGACAGAGUCAUUUCUGAAAGCAGCAUCUAGUCGUGGAUUGCAGAUAACACUGCCAAAGUCGAAGUCAGAGCCAUGUUAUCAGCCAGCUAUGAAAUUUGAUGGCUCAAGUUCUCUUCUUGUCAAUUCAGAUCAUGCUAUUGGUCUAUUGAAGGAUCCUCCUAUAAAUAUUGUUGCUACAAAAGCUCAUGGCAGUUAUCCUGACAAUUUGAAUCAGAACAAUGCUUUAUCUUAUGAAAUGAUAGGAGCAAUUGACAUAGCAAGUAAGUGUACUAAACUCUACACAUGGGAUGACAGAAAUCAGUGUACUAGCACUGUUGAUGUUAAACCACAGCUCAAGUCUUUUAACAGCAUUGAAUGUUCUUCUGAAAGGGAGUCUCCUGAUGACAGCAUAGACAUAAUAGAAGAGCAUGAAUACUUCUCAGGAAAGGAAUGCCUGAACAUGGUGGCCUCAGAUGAUACUGAGGAUAAUGAUACUAUCAGUGAUGAUACUGCAUGUGAUGAACUUCUUAACUCAGUUCCUCAUGUUGGUAAAGAGAUGGAAAAGGCUUUAAUAAUAUCAGACAAUACCCCCACAGUUGAUACGCUAACAUUUGAAGAAUUGAGUUUAAAGAUUGUAAAAAUAGCAAUAGCCAAUGGAAUAUUAGAAUACUUUGGUUACCAUGGUAGCAAAUGUGUUUUUCCAGAAGACACUACUGAUGUUAGCGAAGAAACUACAGGAAUGGAACCAAUAAGUAAUUCUUUAUAUCAAAAUAAUGCAAUAAAUCAGGUACCAGAAGGCAUCAAAAUAUGGCAAUCAAAAAUCACUCAGGAUAAUAAUUACAUGAGUGAUAAUUUGGAUUCAGACACAUGCAGUAUUGAUGGGUCAUUGAGUGAUUCCUUGGAUGCAUUCAAACUUAAGGCCAUGAGAAGAGGUAUCAAGAUAGAGGAUCCCAAGGAUUUGUUUUCAGACAGCGACUCUGAAAUGAUGACAAAGAUACCUGGUCUGAAAUUCAGACGGCAUUCUGGGCCUGCUUUUGCAUCAGAACGUGCCAGGUCUUCAACACCUACUUCAUACCCCAGUGCUAGUUCUUCAACACCUACCUCAUACCCCAGUGCUUUGAUAAGCAAUCCAGCGGAUGAACAAUCUAACAUCCAGUUUGCACCGCCAGCUACUUAUUCUUGGUCUGAUUCCUUGAAUAACUCUUUUGCAGGAUCAGAUGUCACUGAUACAUUGAACAACUCUCAGAUACGUGCAAAUGCGCCAGAAUUUUUUCCCCGAAAAAAAUCCAGAAAUGAAAUGGGUUCAGAUUUUAAUGAUAAUAUAUUGCAUGUGAAUGCACCAAAUGAUAAGAAAUUAUGUUUUUCUGUUGGCACCCAGGUUGCGCCAUGUUGUCAGGAUGUUUGUAUAGAGACAAAGGUUAUUAAAAUGAAAGAUAUUUGCAUAGAAACUGGAAGUUGUGACAUAAGAAAUGUUUUGGUCGGCACAGAUAGUAGCACACUUAUCUCAGCCAAUGGAUUGAAAAUAGUAAAGCCAUCUGUAAAGUGUGUGUCCAAAGCUGUUGGUACUGACAAAAAAAAGAGAAGGUCUGUUGGAGUAAAUAUAAGGAUGCGAGACCCUCCGAAGCAUGAUAAAGACACCAUGACUGAAGCUUUCACUACAAUAGCUCUGACUGGGACCACAGAGCAUGCUUUGCAUGGGAAAGUUGUAUCAUUGCAAAUGGAAGUUCUCGCGUUCAGAGCAAAUCAAGUCAUGGAGAAAUUAAGAAGUAUGAAGGAAGGUGUGGAGAAAAAUUUACAAGCCAAAGACCUUUUUCUAGAUAGGACAGAGUUUGACAUGGUUGGUGGAAUAUUGCAGAAGAAAAUGGUUAAGAUAGAUGCAGUCCUUCAACAAAUACAAGAGGAAGCCAUCUCCUGUUGUACUCUUCUUGAGGCUGGUCACAUGUUAAAUGAGCUCCCAGAUUUUGAGUCAGCAGUGUCCGACUUGUCCUAUCACCCGAUAAAAGUGAGGGCCAUCCCACAGCCCUUGUUGACAGACCCUGCUGCCUGCUCCAGCCCCGAGGUUGCCAGGAUAUCUAAUGUGGUUUCCAUUGGAACCCAGUGCAGUCUGCAGGAUGCUAUGGGGACUAUUGUGGCUGUACCUCCAGCAUUAUCUGAUAGUGCCAAGCCUGAUGAAACCAAACAAGUGUCUGAGUCAAGCAAGUCACUGAGCUUUGAACUGGUCUUCCCGCAGGAAUAUAAGGAACCUAGCAACCAAAAAGCCCUGGCGCCUUCUCAGCCCAGCGCUAUGGCUCAGGCAGCUAGUAGGGGACAGGAGAUCCCUGCCUGGCUAUGUCUCCUCUACAAUCUAGUCGUCCAGUACCCGUCACCUCAGUACCAGAUUGCUGUGCCUCUGUGCAAGCAGGCACUGGAGGACCUCCAGAAAACAAGCCACCAUCAACACCCAGAGGUUGCCACCAUGCUGAACACACUUGCCCUUGUCUACAGGGACCAGAGCAAGAACAAAGAAGUGGGUAACCUGUUGAAUGAUGUACUCAAAACAUUAAGACGCCCCAGCGUUAGGAGUGGAUUGGCUAACAUAUUGAAGCGCUUAUAUAAAAUAUAUGGGUAUUGUGUGGAAUUGGAAGAAGCAGAGCCACUAUGUACAGAGACAUUAGAAAUCAUAGAAAAGGCACCUCCAGAUGUAACUGGUUGUCUCAAGGGUCCAGACAUCAAUGUUGGUGCCCAGGCAUUGGGCCAUGACUCGCUCUCUUCUGAUGAUGAAGACGUUCGUGAUGUUCUAGACGUAGAGCAGCAUUUGGGUGGAAUCAUCGACAGUUUUCCCUCUGCCUCAGCCUUUGAGACGCAGGGCAUGUCUGGACAAUUGGUGCCCCGGGAAGAGUUGGCAGACACACUAGACGAGAUUUUGAAGCUUACCAAUGACCAAAAUGAGCCUGAUGCCCUGUCAGAUGCUGACCAUCAAUCUGUGCCUGGGUCAAAGAUGGCCCAGACUCCUCCAGAGGGAGCCUCAUCUCAACAUGAUGAUUCACAGUCGGACCAAAUGACCUUGAAUGAGGUCAUUGACGCUUUUAAGCAAGUUAUAGCUCUUUUUGAUGAGCAAGAACGGAUAACACUAGAAAGAAACUCUCGAUGGGAAAGAAUCACAGAUCGAAUUAAUAGCUGGACACCAGGGCUGGAAAAAUCAAUACAUGAAGGAGAGUCUGAACAAGAACAAGAUCAUGAAGACAAUACUGUAGCUUAUGGAGACAUCAAUGUGGUGCCCAAUGAACAUCAUGAGCAAAGAUUUUUAUCAGAGGAGGAAGAUACAUUGAGCAGAGGAAAAAUGGAAACCAGGUCAUUUGAAGACACAGUCAUUGGUCUUGAGAAAGUUAAUUCUGAAGAUAACAUUGAGCAGAAACGAAAUGAAAAGAUAGUAAAAGAACAAACAAGAGCAAAUUCUGAUGUUCAAAGGCAAGAUGGUGAUAACAUAUAUGGCAAAUGGAGUUCUGUGGUGUUAAAUGAAUGUGGCAUUGGUGACGGGACAUCUGAGGCUGAGUCUGUCCCUGUUAAACAGGAAAAUGAUCUGAAUGAAAAGUUUGUAAGACUGGAAGAAAACAUAGACAAUAUUGAGCAAUAUAUGGCAAAAACUAUGGGUGCUGAAUAUGAUGUGAUUGAUGCAAUUUCAAACUAUAACCCAAAGAGCAGCCGUGAUUAUAUGGAAGUCAUUGACAACAUUGACGAAGAUGAGUUUAAUGACAUAUCUCCUGCGUUAGAACAAGUUAAUGUUGCUUCAAAAACUGAAAGGGGAAACAAAUCUGGAAGCACACUUGACAUCUGUAGAAAUAGUAUCAAUUCUAAAGAAACUGCUCACAAAUAUGAACAAGCUAUUGAACCAUCAGAAGUAUAUGUCUCACCAGAAAAAUCACUUGACAAUAACAUUUCACUUGUGACUGACCAAAUACAAGCAACUGCUUUUGAUACAUCACUUCCUGUUGUGGAUAUGCACUCACCUGUUUCCACUGAUACUGAUUCCUAUGAAACAGUGUCUAAAACCAAUGUCCUUGCUUCGGAUUCCAAUGUUCCUGGUGCCAGUUCAACUGUUCCUGAAGUGACAUCAUACGUUUCAGGUCAAUGCAAUUUUGGUGAAGUCAUACCAAGCAAUUCAGCCUUUGGUCCGUAUCUACCAUGUGGGAUACCGGUUGUGCCUAAUGUAAAUCCCAUGCUGUACCACUCAGUUUGUCAGCAGCUGCUUCAGGCCUAUCCUGAGUUGGCUGCCAGGCCAGACAUGCUGAUGCAGCUUGCCAUGAACCAGACAAACUUACUGGGGAUGCAUUUACAGCAGAGUGGUGCAGGCAUGUAUUCUGGUUUUGUAUUGCCUCAGCAGGGACCUCUACCUCAGUUCAGUGGUGUUGAACCACCAGAACAGAGUAUAGAAACACAAGUCAAUAAGAAUUCAAAUGUACAGAGUACAGACCAACCCUAUACAGCUGUUGCUCAAAGGACCAUGGAGGAAGGGGCUGUUGCUUCAAGGACCAUGGAGGAAGGGGCUGUUGCUCCAAGGACCAUGGAGGUAGGGGCUGUUGCUCCAAGGACCAUGGAGGAAGGGGCUAACUUUGUUAAAGCUCCUCCUGGGUUAGGCAUGGUUGCCAGAGAAAAAGGUAAUGAGAAGAAAAUUGGAAAUGCAUCUGUUGAGGUUGGAUCAUCUACAGUAAAUAAAGAUCAAAACACAGGUACCAUAGGAGUGAGUGAGACUUGUAUUAUCCCGGAGAAACGAUUUACCCACAAAAAUGUUAUAGCUGAACUACAGAACAAUGCAGACAACAGCUUGAAGCCUUUGAGACGUCCUGGACUGAGCAAGACUAUGCCCAAUGACAACUGUGGUAAAGUUUGUAGUUCUGGAAGCUUGGCGAGUCAAUACGUAGAUAGUUCUCUGUCUGCUGAGCAAAAUGAAGAAUCUGCUCAAGAAAACAAGCCUUGCAUUACCAAGUAUUUUGCCUUGAGUAGUGCGCCCAUCAUUAAACCUGUAGAGAUAAAUGCUCAAGAAGACUGCAACAACAAUGCUGCAAUAAGUAAGGUUAGAGAAGUCAAAAAAGUGAAAGAUGACAGGAGCGAGAAAGGUGUUGCUGAUGAUGAUAAGAAGGGACAGGUCACAAAUUUCAUCAGACUGUCGGACAUGCCAGAUUUAUCAAAUUUUGAAGAUGUGAAUUCCAAACCAUUACGCACAUCAUCUAAACCUCCAAGGCAAGUAUUUAAAAACAAACCACCGCAGCAGCCCCACUUUGGUAAUCAAUCAAGCAUGAACACCAAUGUUCAAGAAGAAUGGCCAUCUUUAUUAUCACCAGAAACUGUGAAUAAAGCCACCAGUCAGAAACAGAAUGUGGAUUUCAUGCCAGAGUAUGCCAGCAGACACCAGCACGAGAACAGGCAAACUAGGGUUGUGGACCACCUGGUGUUUGGUGUGAGUAGCCAAGUGGCGCGGUCAGUGGCCAGCCUUGACCAUAUCGGUCAACCACCAAGGAAGGUCCCUACACCUCCAGUUGGCAGCACUGCAGAAUGGAUUAAUGUGAAGAAACAGGAAGACAGUGCCAAUUCACAAAAGAAUGGGUCACGUUCAAGAAGUCGCCAUCAAUCCUCCCAAGAUGGGAGCUCAACAUUUCAGCCCUCAGGAAGGUCGGGCAACAGGUCGAGGUCUCAGAGCCAGUCUUCUCGCCCCACUGCACCUAGCUCAUUGAACUCAGUUGUCAACACCCCAAAGCCCUCGAUGUCCAACUUCUUGGCAUCUGGUGAGAAUUGGGACAAUGAAGUAGACGACUACGCGCCUUCAUUCACACUGGUACACAACACAAAGCGGCCCAUCAACAUCUCACGACACAACCAGUCUGUUUCCAUGGUUACCAAUACUACAUCUUUGGCAAAUAAAAACAGAACAGCUGAUUUUACAAACCCACUCUUGUCUGCAGUUGAUAAAGCUGUUUCAGUUCCAGUCCAGAAAGGUCGUCCUGUGACCAGUUUGUGUGAAAUUGAACUGCCUGUGACGAAAUCCACUGGACAGAAGGAGACAGAGCUGCCUAAGGAUGAUUGGUGUGAGGUUCAGUCCAAACGUAAACGACACUGCAGCCGUGAACAACAAAGAGAUCCAGGACAACCCGGUGGUGUUCCUAAGAUUGUUACUCAGCUCGGAGCUAACAAGGAGAACAAGAAAACCAACUUCGAGCGUCUCAUUGGGAGAAUGCAUGAAACGUUUCCAAACGUUGACAGGAAGGGCCUGAUAGAUGCAGUCACCAAGAUAAGAGAGGCCAGGGGUAGCCUUAGUGGCCUCAGCAUGGAAACCAUCGUGGAGCAGGCUGGGGUACAUAUCUCCAUGAGGAAACAGGACUCUAAACAGAUUCCAGGCUUGUGGACAAACGCCAAGAAGCCCCAAAUGUUGAACCUACCUCCGAGGGUGCAAUUAGUUAUGGCACAGGGGGCGUGCAGUGAAGAGGAGGAGAUCUGUGUAAUCUGCCAUGAUAGCAUCAGCCAGGAACCAGUCAAGGAGCUGGACUGUAAACACGUCUUCCACUCUCAGUGCAUAAGUAAGUGGGUUGAGAGAGAGCGCACUUGCCCCACCUGUAGACAGUUAGCUCUUUUUCCAGAAGAAUUUCCACGGCUUGGAAAAUGAAUGAUUCUGACAAGGAUUCCACCGGGUGCAUCUACAUUUAUUAAACUAAAUGAAGUUAGAAUCUUGUAGAAACUGUUUUUGUGUAAAUAAUACUCAUUUUUGAAGAGAUGUCUGAUUGUAUUUGAAUUUGCAUUUACAUGGUUAAUAGUGCUUUUCAGUUAAGAUAUUUAUGCCCCCCUUCGAAGAGGAGGGAGUAUAUUGUUUUGCUGGAUGUAAGGCGGUCGGUAGACCAGUUUGUUUCCGAUCAAUAACUCGUCAACGAAUUGACCAAUUGGCUUGAUACCUCACAUGUGUAUUGGCUUUGGACAGUAGUUGACCCCUAUUUAGAUUGGAUCACUAGGUCCAAGGCCUGUUUGGGGUUGGGGGCAUGUGUCUUCGAUCGCGGAACUAUUCUUACUGUUUGAGUUUAUUAUUUGUUUCUUGUCUCUGGCAAAUAUGGCAAUGAUGUUCACUAUUAAAAGUUAUUGUAACCACAGCCAGUAUUCCCUGUUGAUUAUUGACUUCUAGUCAAAUUCUGUUGACAUACAUAUUGUUAAGUACACAACUAAUAGGUUCAGAAUACAUGUUUUAAUUUUCUUGUUCCCAAACCUAAUAUACAGGUGCUGUUGGCUACAAUAAAUUCAGAACUAAGCUGUCAAAAAAGUUCACUACUUUUACAAUUCAAAUGGAAAGUUGUUAAUUAUUGCUUUGUCACUUUUCUGACUUUGGUUUAUUAUGCUCCCCCAAAAUUUUUGGGAGGAGCAUAUAGUCGCCGCUUUGUCUGUCCGUGUCCGUCCAUCCUUGCACAAUUUUUGUCCGGGUUAAUUUCUCAGCAAUUAAUGACCGGAAUUCAAUGAAACUUUGUGGGAAGCUUCACUGCCAACAGGAGAUGUGCAUAUUAUCAGCCGGUUAUGGUGGGAUGAUUUUUCACAGACUUAUUGCCCUUUGAAAUUUUCUAUAAACUGUACAUAUAGUGCAAUUCUUGUCCCCCCAACCACUGACUGGAAUUCAAUGAUGCUUGAUGGAAAAGCUUAACUACCUUGAGGAGAUACGCAUGUUAUUUGGGGGUUCUGGUUAGAUGAUUUAUUUAGAGAGUUAUGGCUCUUUGAAAUUUGAAGUUGCUAAACCAUCCAUCGUAUUAUUUUGUCCAAUGUUAUGCCCCUCAAGACGUUUCCUUUUAUCUGAAAUUAUAGUGCAAUAUUGUGACAAAAAAAACUUUGGGGAGCAUCACCUGUCUCUGACGGUUUCUUUUUUAAUAUGUUUCACUAGUCAACGGUGUGAAUACCUCAUUGUUUAUUUUUGUUAUAUAAUACUCAUCUUUUGUUUACUUGCAGAAUGUUUACUAGGGGAAAGUCAGGACCUCUUUAGCAACUUUUGCCAAUGAAGUUCACUAUUAAAAGUUAUUGUAACCACAGCCAGUAUUCCCUGUCGAUUAUUGACUGCUAGUCAAAUUCUGUUUACAUACAUAUACAGAUUGUUAAGUACACAACUAAUAGGUUCAGAAUACAACUACAAUAAAUUGAGAACUAAGGCUGUCAAAAAAAUGUUCAUUACUUUCACAACUCAAAUGAAAAGUUGUUAAUUAUUGCUUUGUCACUUUUCUUACUCUGGUUUAUUGUCCCCUACCGGUUUCACCGGAGGGGACUUAUGGUUUGCACUCUGUGCGUCUGUCUGUGAGUCUGUCUAUCACACUUUUCUGGAUCCUGCGAUAACAUUAAAAGUUCUUCAUAUUUUUUCAUGAAACUUGAAACAUGGGUAGAUGGCAAUAUGGACAUAAUGCACGUCAUUUCAUUUUGUUCCUACGUCAAAAAUUCUGGUUGCUAUGGCAACAAAUAAAAAAUUCUGACAAUGGUGGAGCCGGUAGGAGACAUAUCUUGCUUGGCAAUAGUCUUGUUUAAUAUGUUUCACUAGUCAACGGUAUGAAUACCUCAUUGUUUAUUUUUGUUAAUACCUCAUUGUUUAUUUUUGUUAAUACCUCAUUGUUUAUUUUUGUUAAUACCUCAUUGUUUAUUUUUGUUAUAUAAUACUAAUCUUUUGUUUACUUACAGAAUGCUUACUAGGAGAAAGUCGGGAAUAAAAAAAUUGAUUAUUAACAGCAAAAAAAAAAUAUACAUACAUUGUGUUUAAAAAUAGAAUAUAUUGGAUACAUGUACAUGUUCUCAUGUAUUUGAAACAGAUCUAUUGUUAGUUAAGACAUGUAACUAUGCAUUCUUGGUUUGUUUUGUUAGUAUUGAGAGAUUUUGAACCACUUUAGCAUCUUGUCUAAGGCAUAAGCUGCCUCCUGUCUAGGUAGGUGUUUUCAAAUAAACCUGCAUGUAAUGUUAAAAUGGUAAGUGUUUCAGCCAGUUAAUAUGUGAAUUUAAUUUUUGAUUUCCUUAAAUCUUUUUGUUCAAUUUUCUAAUUGUUUGUACUUUUUGUAAUCUAAAUUUGUUAUUGGUAAAUAGCACUGUACAUGAUGUGUUCCAUACUAAGUUGUGUUGUUGAAUAAACAUGGGAUCAUGUAAUAAAUGCAAAUACAGUUUA